AUGAGCGUCGACGCCGAAAAGCAUGACAGCAGCUCUUCAUUCGAACACUUCACCGACAGCAAGCAUGAGCCUACCAUGCUGCCCGAUCAACCAAGUGGCACUCUGCCUGAAUGUCCGGACGGCGGCCUACUCGCAUGGACUCAAGUGUUCGGUGCAUUUCUGCUGACUUUGAUCUCCGGAGGAGUACUGAACGCGUUUGGCGCGUACCAAACGUUCUACGAGACCGACCUUCUAUCCGCGCAAUCGCCUUCUGCCAUCUCUUGGAUCGGUUCAGUUCAAGGCCUAUUGCUGCUUGUUUGCGGCGUAUUGGCGGGACCUAUAUACGACUGUGGUGGCUUCACUGUGCUUUUACAUGCGGGGUCACUGGCAGUUGUUCUGGGCAUGAUGCUCACCAGCAUCUCGGACCGGUACUGGCAGGUGUUCCUUGCACAGGGUGUGCUCGUCGGGGUUGGUGCAGGGUGCUUCUACACCCCUAGUCUAGCACUAGCCAGCUCGUACUUUCACAAAAGGCGAUCGUUUGCAGUCGGUAUAGCCGCAUGCGGAAGCAGCAUUGGUGGUGUUGUAUUCCCCGCGAUCUUUCGUCAACUCCAACCACAAAUCGGGUUCGGAUGGGCGACACGCGUGACGGGCUUCAUCAUUCUCGCUGUCUACCUUCUCGCGGCGGCGCUUAUGCGCCCAAGACCGGAGAAGCGGUCCAAGCGUCAGCUCCUUGACUUGGGCGCAUUCAAAUCCCUACCCUAUUCCGUGUUCACCGUUGCGAUCUUCCUCGGAUACGUCGGGCUGUACAUCCCGUACUUCUACAUCAGCGCUUUCGCGCAGUCCAAGACGGGCGCAUCACCAACGCUCGCAUACUACCUUGUCAGCAUCAUGAACGCAUCAUCGCUCAUUGGCCGCACCGCCAUCGCAUGGCUUGCCGAUCGCGCAGGCCCGCUCAACACGCUUGUCGUCAGCAGCCUCGUCUGCAUGGUGCUAGCGUUCAGCUGGAUAGCGAUCGAGACACUGCCAUCGCUGAUCGUCUUCGCCGUACUCUACGGGAUCUUUCAGGGCACACUUGUGUCCCUUCCAUCCGCAACUAUCCCCGCCCUCAGCCCUGAUCUCAAGCGCAUAGGGGCACACAUGGGGAUGAGUUUGAGCUUCGCUGGCGUCGGACUAUUGAUUGGGAGUCCUAUCGGAGGAGCACUGCUCGAUCUGGAAAACGCGAACUUCCUAGGAGCACAAGUGUUCUGCGGCGUGGUGGUGGCAGUAUCAGGGUUAGGCUACGCGGCUGCUAGGGUGGCGAAGACCGGCCCUUCAUUGCGUGUUGCCGCAUGA